UAAGAAAUUACUUUGAGUGAUGAGACUCUUAUCAAUAUAAAAAUAUAUAAUCUCUCAUAGUCUUUUUUUCUCUCUGUGUGAAGAAAAUUAUGGAGUCAUUCCAAAUGGCCAAAGACAACACUCCACUUUCACUAACACAAAAUUUCAUUGUCCCAGAGAGUAAUAGGCCACAACUCUCAAAAGUAUCAACUCUGGACUCAAUUCCCAUCAUUGAUUUGAGUACUCCUUCUCAGUUUCUACUUGAUAAGAUAACACAAGCUUGUGAAGAGUAUGGUUUCUUCCACAUCAUAAACCAUGGAGUCCCUCAAAACUUGUGCAAAAGAAUGUUGACUGCCAUUUCUGAUUUAUUCAAACUGCCUCAUCAAGAAAGGUCCAAGCUCUUCUCUUCUGAUCAUAACAAAGAAGCUAGAAUUUUGAACUACUACCUUAAAUGUCAAAACCAAGAAAAGGUCACAAUGUGGAGCGAAAGCUUUAAUCAUGUUUGGGAUCCUAAUGGAGAUUUUUUCACUUUGUUACCUGAAAAUCCUCCUCAUUAUCGGGAGACUUUUGUUGAAUAUGCAAAAGAGAUUGAUAAGUUGAUGGGGACACUUUUUGGCCUAAUAUCUCAAAGUCUUGGCCUAGAGAAGAAUUGUUUGCAAAGAAAGUUAGGUGAGAAGCCAAGAUUGAAAGCACAAGCCAACUUUUACCCACCAUGUCCAGACCCUGAACUCACACUAGGACUGUCUGUUCAUACUGAUCUUCCAGCCCUUACAGUGUUGAUGCAAUCUGAUGAAGUGAGUGGUCUACAAGUGAUUAAAGAUGGGAAAUGGAUUGAUGUUAAACCAGUCCCACACUCAUUUGUUAUUAAUCUAGGUGAUCAACUUCAGGUACUAAGUAAUGGAAGAUACAAAAGUGUACACCAUAGGGCUGUGACCAACAAAAUGUUAGGUCGAAUAUCAGUAGCUAUGUUUUAUGGACCAAAUAUAAACACUUGGAUAGGUCCCAUUGAAGAGUUGGUUGAUGAAGAACACCCUGCUGUGUAUCGAAGAUAUAAAUUCUCUGAGUUUUUGGAUGAAUUUGCUAGACAAGAAGGAACAAGGCGGAGGGUCAAGGAAGCUUUUCAAAUUUCUUAUGAUCAUGGAAUUUGUUCUUCUUCUACCCCUUAAAUGAUGAUGCUCAGUAAUAAGUUUUAUGAUCGAUUAUUUGUAAUCACUCUACAAUGAUCCUAUAUUCCUAGCAUGAUUUACAAAGUAUUAAGAAGAAAAAAUGGCUAAGUAAAUUGAUUAGUAAAAAUUCUAUCUCAAAAUCAAAUAAAUACAUUGAAGUAUUAAUAUUAUGAUCAA